UCUCCUGUCAUAACAAAUACAAACUUUGAACACUAAUUAGCACCUGACCGGUUUCCAACGCUACCCAUCAUAAUGUAUACCUAAAACCUGGGUAUUUAAGUUUACCAAUGUUUUAACACCUAAAAAAGCCGGCAUCUUAGAUUGCUCGAAAAAUGGAUCUGGAAGUGCUGCCGCCGGAGUUGAUGUGGAACGUGUUGGACAAUCUGACCGAACUGCGGGACCGUAAAAACGCUUCUCUGGUGUGCAAGACGUGGAAUUGGAUGCUGUUUAAUGCAUCGAAAUCAUUGCGCGAUGUAAACCUACGAAUCUGCACGAAAGCCAACAGCUUGGAGCAGCUGGAAACCGAGGAGCUGAUCGAUCGAAUGUUCGAAGUGAUGGUGCGGAGCAAGCGGAACUAUAUUAAUGUAGAAUUUUUCCACGUCAAUUUUGAACGUUCCGCGGUCAGAGAGUUUUUAUUUUUUGUGGUACAGUUGUGUUGUGACUCUAUUGAGUGUUUGCGUUUUACAAACUGUCACGGGCUGAAACGGAGCGAGUUGUGGCAAAUUUUAGAGCUGCUGAUCAAUUUACGGGAACUUACCGUUUCCGGAGGUAUAUAUUACGAUGAUUUGGGAAAUGAUGUUGCUGUGUGUAAGCUGGAACGUUUAGAGAGUUUAACGUUGGACAUCGGAGAUGACUGCCGGUUGUAUAAAGAUUUUGCUUCAAAUGCACCGAAUGUUGAAUCAUUUAGUAUUAGAACGAUUCACGGAUGUGUCGAUCUUCGGGAUGUUGCCGCAACAAGACGUUUCAGCCAGCAGCUUAAAGCUCUAUCUUUUUCAACAAAUCGUUGUUACAAUCAAGCGGAAUUUUCGGAAAUGAGUCUUUCGCAGUUGACUAAAUUGGAACUAAAAGUUUCCGGGUAUGUUUGGGUUCCACUUUUCAAACAGUUAAAGCUAUUGCAGGAACUAAAACUAGAAGCAAGUAUCAAUGACGAUGUCAUUGCUGCAAUAUGCAGCACUUCAACCAAGCUAAAAAAACUCUACCUCCUUUCGUCGGGUUUGGUAGAGUGCAAGAAAUUCAAUAUGUUGGCACGUUUGGAAGUUCUCGAAGAGCUGCAAAUCAGGGGCAUUUACAAGUACAGCUGGAGGCAUGUAUUAUUCAGCAAACUUUCGCAUUUACAUCUUGACAAUGUGGGUACAGAUUUUACCAACUUCCUGAAAGAAUUGACAAGCCUGAGAUCGCUAGAGAUACAUGAUACCAAACUUAAGAAUGAGCAGCUGAUUAAAGUGACACUGAAUGCACCGACAGUGGAACGGUUAGAAUUGGCGUUUUGUAACAAAAUUAGCGAUAAAGGUUUCAAACAUUUGUCGGACAUGACAAACCUUAUGGAGUUACGUCUGUGGGGAAUCCAAGUUUCUAAAAAUAUCGAUGAAAGGUUUGGGUGUCCACGAUUGCAGAACAUAAUUUUUUAUUUCAACGAUUUUAUUGAAGACUGUACUUUAAAUGCCCUAGCUUUACGUCUACCUGGUUUGAAGCAGCUUGUUCUGUACGACUGUUAUCGGAUAAGUCCACAAGGGGUAAUCGAGCUACGUAAAACACUGUCACACUGCAAGGUUUUAGAGCUGUACCGUGGCGAUGAAUUACCUCCAGAGUUGAUAGCCGAAAAACAAAUCUAUCAUCGAAAUGCUGAAUUUCCCAAUGGAGUACUAAAGCAAGAAUUACCUUUCCAGUGGUAUUAAUGCUCGACCUGUCAGAUGCCCGUUUUUAUUUUUUUUUCUCGUUUUAUGUUUGUGUAUCUAAUCGUGGAAAUUAGAUUUCUUUGUUUAUUUUAUAGUGAUAUAUUUUAUGACUAAUGCAUGUAUUAAGACAAAGGUUUAAUUGAAAAAAAAAUUGUAUAGUGCGAAAAACAAUAUAUAAACUUAAAAAUUUACUCAAGUGUUUCACAACGUCGUUGAUGGAUGACUCAUGCUUCAUUUCGAUUUUAUGUAUCACACCGCCAGUAACACGCCAUUUUUCCGUCACCACAAAGCGCACCGAAAGAUAAUCAUCUGUUUAUCGCUGUGUGUUCUAAACUAGGCUAGAAUAAUUCAAUUUUAAAACGCAAUACACUACG